GGCCAUGGAUGUGACCAGCAGUUCGGGCGGCGGCGGCGACCCCCGGCAGAUCGAGGAGACCAAGCCGCUGCUGGGGGGCGACGUACCGGCCCCCGAGGGCACGAAGAUGGGCGCUGUGCCCUGCCGCCGGGCCCUCCUGCUCUGCAACGGGAUGAGGUACAAACUGCUGCAGGAGGGCGACAUCCAGGUCUGUGUCAUCCGGCACCCACGGACCUUUCUCAGCAAGAUCCUCACCUCGAAGUUCCUGAGGCGCUGGGAGCCGCACCACCUAACGCUGGCCGACAACAGCCUGGCGUCAGCCACGCCCACUGGGUACAUGGAGAACUCGGUCUCCUACAGCGCCAUCGAGGACGUGCAGCUGCUGUCCUGGGAGAACGCCCCGAAGUACUGUUUACAGCUCACGAUCCCCGGGGGCACCGUCCUGCUGCAGGCCGCCAACAGCUACCUGCGAGACCAGUGGUUCCACUCCCUGCAGUGGAAGAAAAAGAUUUACAAAUACAAGAAAGUCCUGAGUAACCCAAGCCGCUGGGAAGUGGUCUUGAAAGAGAUCCGGACGCUGGUGGACAUGGCCCUCACCUCCCCGCUGCAGGAUGACUCCAUCAACCAAGCCCCCCUGGAAAUCGUCUCCAAACUGCUGUCUGAGAACACCAACCUGACCACCCAGGAGCACGAGAACAUCAUCGUGGCAAUCGCUCCCUUGCUGGAAAACAACCAUCCACCACCAGAUCUCUGUGAAUUCUUCUGCAAGCACUGCAGAGAGCGGCCCCGGUCCAUGGUGGUCAUCGAGGUGUUCACACCUGUGGUCCAGAGAAUCCUCAAGCAUAACAUGGACUUCGGGAAGUGCCCGAGGCUCAGGCUGUUCACUCAGGAGUACAUCCUCGCCUUGAAUGAGCUCAACGCGGGCAUGGAGGUGGUGAAGAAGUUCAUUCAGAGCAUGCACGGCCCCACGGGGCACUGCCCCCACCCUCGGGUCCUGCCCAACCUGGUGGCCGUGUGCCUGGCUGCCAUCUACUCCUGCUACGAAGAGUUCAUCAACAGCCGUGACAACUCCCCGAGCCUGAAGGAGAUCCGGAACGGCUGCCAGCAGCCGUGCGACCGGAAGCCCACCUUACCUCUGCGCCUUCUGCACCCCAGCCCGGACCUGGUGUCUCAGGAAGCCACGCUGUCCGAGGCGCGGCUCAAGUCGGUGGUCGUGGCCUCCAGCGAGAUCCACGUGGAGGUGGAGCGCACCAGCACUGCCAAGCCGGCGCUGACGGCCAGCACGGGCAACGACAGCGAGCCCAACCUCAUCGACUGCCUCAUGGUCAGCCCCGCGUGCAGCACCAUGAGCAUCGAGCUGGGCCCCCAGGCCGACCGCACGCUCGGCUGCUACGUGGAGAUCCUGAAGCUGCUGUCGGACUACGAUGACUGGAGACCAUCUCUGGCCAGCCUGCUUCAACCCAUUCCAUUCCCCAAAGAAGCUCUCGCACACGAGAAGUUCACCAAGGAGCUGAAGUACGUGAUUCAGAGGUUUGCGGAAGACCCUCGACAAGAGGUGCACUCAUGCCUGCUGAGCGUGCGAGCCGGCAAGGACGGCUGGUUCCAGCUCUACAGCCCCGGCGGGGUGGCCUGUGACGAUGACGGGGAGCUGUUCGCCAGCAUGGUGCACAUCCUCAUGGGCUCGUGUUACAAGACCAAAAAAUUCCUGCUCUCCCUGGCGGAAAACAAGCUGGGCCCCUGCAUGCUCCUGGCUCUGAGGGGCAACCAGACCAUGGUGGAGAUCCUGUGCUUGAUGCUGGAGUACAACAUUAUCGACAACAACGACACGCAGCUGCAGAUCAUCUCCACCCUGGAGAGCACCGAGGUGGGCAAGCGCAUGUACGAGCAGCUGUGCGAGCGGCAGCGGGAGCUGAAGGAGCUGCAAAGGAAAGGCGGGCCCACCAGGCUCACACUGCCCUCAAAGUCCACAGAUGCCGACCUGGCUCGCUUGCUGAGCUCGGGCUCCUUUGGAAACCUGGAGAACCUCAGCUUGGCCUUCACCAAUGUCACCAGUGCCUGCGCAGAGCACCUCAUCAAACUGCCUUCUCUCAAGCAGCUCAACCUGUGGUCCACUCAGUUCGGAGACGCCGGCCUGCGGCUCCUGUCGGAACACCUCACCAUGCUCCAGGUGCUGAACCUGUGCGAGACGCCCGUCACCGAUGCCGGCCUGCUGGCCCUCAGCUCCAUGAAGAGUCUCUGCAGCUUAAACAUGAACAGCACCAAGCUCUCGGCUGAUACCUACGAAGAUCUGAAGGCCAAGCUCCCUAACUUGAAGGAGGUGGACGUCCGCUACACAGAAGCCUGGUGAAGCUCCCGGCGCGUGGCAGGGUGACACUGCAGCCGCGACGAAGCGACUCUUGACUAAUAGCCGUAGAGCAGCGGUGCAGGUGCCCCGCGCCUGCUGUGGGAUAGAUGGGGGAGUCUGGGGGCGGAGGGGGGAGGGGGUCUGCGAGCUCGCCCGGCCCCCGCCUAAUUCUUUUAGCUUCACACUCGGAACCUUUGGCCGGAUCUGAAACGGACAUUGGCAACAAGGGCAGCAAGAGCGGCAGCCAGUCGGGAGGGUGGGGGAGGCGCGGGUGGGGACCCUUUGUGGAUUUUCUUUGCCUUUGUGUUUAACGCCGCCGCGUGGAAGGGCGACUCCGACGCCACCAUCUCGAAGGCCGGACAAGGAUGCUCUUCCGGCCGCAAGGCGCCAGGCAGGCGCGUGGAGCUGAGACCUCGCCCCGCCGCCGCUGGGGACCCGAAGACCCAGUCCCGUCGUCGCCGUCCUGUGUCCUCACCAUUGCUAUGCAAAAUGGUUCUUGUUGUACAUAAGAUUUAAAUAAUGCACCUAUUUAAGAGAUGUUGACAAAUUGUGGGUCUGGGACCUGCUCUUAUUUAUGAAGUCUGACCCUCCCCUCCCCGUCCCCGCCCCCGCCCCCGCCCCCGCGUGUAGUACUGUACCAGUCAGUCAGCUGUUGGGUUAGUGGUAGUUUUAUUGUUAUUUUUUUAAAGGAAACAGACAAAAAAAAGAGAAAGAAAAAAACAAACAAAAAAAGACCCUCCUUGGAAAAUUAAUUGCUUUUUCGUAAUGGAUUCCAUAUGCUAAUGCUCGCCCAUCCGUCCGUCCGUCCACCCACCCUGCCCACCUGUAUAUUUCUGAUUUCCAGGUGUCUCAGCUUCCUCGUGGGUAGGAGUCAGGCUGGGGGGAGGAAGGAGAAGAGGGGUCCCCACAUCGUCGUCUUGCUACUUGAAGGCCCAAGCUCUGUCCUCGCCCCCUUUUCUAGAUUUGGAAGGGGGCGCUAACCGCCCCCCCACCCCCCAACUCCAGCAGCCUUUGCUGUCCCCAUCCCCAAUUAAGACUCUGGGCCUGCGGCUUCCCCUGCCAUCACGCCCCCCCCCAUUGCCCCGUCCCGCAUGCCUGUGUCUUUGCCUCUCUGCAUGGUCUCUUGGGAGGAGAGAGAAAUGUCACCCCCGCCAGCCUGACCACCGCCCGCCCGUCAGUGCAGCAAAGAUGCCCCUCUGUCCCACACCCGCGCCCGGACAAACCGACCUCCCGUUUCUUUUCUAAACGGCCCGCUUUUUCUUAACAAGCCCUCACUGUACAGAACAGCCCCCGGCGGCUUCUUUGGGAUCCCCUGUCCCGCAGCCCCCUUUUCUGUUGGUUUAGCACAAGUCCAUCUCCCCUCUGGCACCUCCAAACCUAACCCACAGUGGAUGUAAUUGUUUUAUAUAUAUUUAAUCUUAUUCAAUGGAAACCAUGCUUUUGUCGUUUUAUACUUUGCUAGGUAGACUUUAUUACCCCCCUCAAUGAUGCCCUCAUUUUUUUAAAAAAGGAAAAAAAAAAACGAGAGAAAUUGGGUUUCAGUCUUAAUUCAUUUUCCGUGCCAGGUUUUAUUUCGUGUGUGUGUGUGUGUGAGAGUGUGUUCCGUUUUGUGUUCUGUUUUCUGUUGUUGUUUUCUAUUGUUUGGUUUUAGUCCCCCCACCCCCACCCCGUUCCGUACUCCAUAGCACUCUGGUGCAGGAGGAAGCAGAAGCAAAAACGAAAAAAACAAACAAAAAAAAAACCCCAAAAAACAUACACAAAAAACCAUUUAAAAAUUUAAAAAAAAAAAAAAAAAAAAGAAACAAGACAUGCCACCUUUCCCCUCGCACUGUUGCUUUUCCUGAUGGUUAAUACUACUGUCACGUAGCUGUGUACAAAGAGAUGUGAAAUACUUUCAGGCAAAAAUAAACUGUAAGUGACUCAUUGA